ACAGGCCCUCAACAACUGCGGUGCCGUAACCGUCUCCCGCCCGGUCUCCCCGUCCAGUCUUCCACCUUUUCCUCUUCCCCUCCUAUACUCCACGGCCGUCAAGCCACCUCGCCGGCGGCGGAACCGCGGCCGCGACGAGAGGGAGGGGGGCAGAGAUGGGGAACAUCUUCGUGAAGAAGCCCAAGAUCACGGACGUGGACAAGGCCAUCCUCACCCUCAAGACGCAGCGCCGCAAGCUCGCUCAGUUCCAGCAGCAGCUUGAGAAGGUGAUUGAAGCGGAAAAGGAAGUUGCACGACAGUUGGUUCAACAGAAGAAAAGAGACAGAGCUUUGAUUGCUCUGAAGAAGAAGAAAGCCCAGGAAGAGCUACUGAAACAAGUUGACACAUGGCAAAUGAAUGUUGAACAACAGCUGGCAGACAUUGAACUAGCAAGUAAACAAAAGGCUGUAUUUGAAAGCCUGAAAGCUGGAAAUUCUGCCCUUAAGUCUAUACAGAAUGAGAUAAACAUUGAUGAUGUCCAAAAGCUGAUGGAUGACACAGCUGAGGCUAAGGCUUACCAAGAUGAAAUAAAUGCUGUUCUGAGUGAUCAGCUUUCCGCCGAGGAUGAAGAAGCUGUUAUGGCUGAAUUUGAAAAUUUGGAAGCUCAGCUUGCUGUCGAGUCUUUGCCAGACACUCCUGUUACUGAAGUACGACCUGAAAAGAAAAUGAAAGCACCAGCUGACACAGAAGCUGCACCUGAGGACGUCGAUGAGGUUAUUGAGCUGCCUGAUGUGCCUACUAAAGCGCCAGAGAGGCCAGAAGCUCCAGAAAAAACGAAAGUUUUGGAAGAGCCACUACCUGCAUAGUGGAUGGAGCUGAGAUCAAUAGGGGCACUCUCGGUUUGCAGGAGUUAUAACAUAUCCACCAUUUCAUUGUACUACCUCAUUUUUGGCCAUCUCAGAAUUUUAUGUGUACAGCAUCAAAAUAUGUUGUUCUCGACUAUCAGUUGUUGCCAAGUUGGAUUGCUCGUUGUCCAAUUAUAGUCCAAUCCUACCAGGUAAAUCAUAAUAUUUUCAAUGCAUUUCUUUGAAGUCAGAAAUGCAGAGGUUUUCAAGCAUGUCUUUUUUUCCGUAAGAAGAUGGUUCUGUUCAAAGCUGUAAAAUAUAUGACUUUCUUUAGUGCCACUUGUAGCCUGAUCUUAAUUGGUGCAGCAUGUAUUAUAUCCAAACAUGUAACAACAGACAUUUGUUCCAUCCAAGCAAAAUGUGUGGGGUUCA